GAGAGGUCCCGGUGGCAGCUCAGCGCCCAAUAAUGGUUUGCAUGUCUGGUGUGUGGCAGCUGCGCGUGUUAGCGGCGGCGCUCCGAAGGCGAGUCUGGUCGUUCAGGUUGCCGGGCUUUCCAGUCCAACACUACAGCGCGAAGACUGCUCCUCAUAUUCCGGGGAUGGAGUACCAGGAUGCCAUUUGCACUCUCAACACGUUACAGACAAACGCCAAUGCCCUGGAGCAAGUACGGCGAGAGCGGAGCAAACCCGAACUGCAACUUCAGGCCAUGAGAGGCUUCCUGGAACGCGCCGGUGUCACUGUGAAAGAGCUAGAUCACCUAAACAUCAUUCACGUGACGGGAACAAAGGGCAAAGGGUCAACGUGUGCCUUCACUGAGCAGAUUUUGAGAGGUUAUGGCUUCCGGACAGGAUUCUACAGUUCGCCACAUUUGGUCCAAGUAAGGGAGAGGAUUCGAAUCAACGGACAGCCUAUUGCAAAGGACCCCUUUACGAAAUACUUCUGGCAGGUUUAUGGACUGCUCGAUGAAACAAAGGACGCCCACAAUGGGACGAUGCCCGCAUACUUCCGCUUCCUCACCAUCUUGGCCUUCCAUGUGUUCCUUCAGGAAAAGGUGGAUUUGGCUGUGAUUGAAGUUGGGAUUGGUGGAGCAUAUGACUGCACCAACAUUAUAAGAAGACCGUGGGUAUGUGGCAUCUCUUCUCUGGGGAUCGACCACACGCAGAUACUCGGAGACACCAUAGAGAAGAUUGCCUGGCAAAAAGGUGGCAUCUUUAAGCCAGGAGUCCCCGCUUUCACAGUCAAACAGCCAGAGGGAGCAAUGGCCGUGCUGAGGGACAGGGCCAAGGAGAUCAGCUGUCCUCUGUGGGUGUGUCCGGACUUUGAGGACUACCAGGCAAACUGCGGCCCUUUAAACCUGGGCUUGGCGGGGCAGCACCAGCGCUCCAAUGCCUCUCUGGCCCUGCAGCUGAGUCGCACAUGGUUGCAAAGGAGAUGUCUACCAGAGGAAAAGUUUUUGUCUACCACUGUUGAGAGCUCAAGUUCACCUGAAGCAAUGUCCUUCACGCCCUCCCCCAUCAUGAAAAAAGGACUGGCAGACACAAAGUGGCCCGGAAGGAAUCAAAUGAUUCAACACGGAGCAGUUACGUACUUCUUGGAUGGCGCUCACACCGUGCGUAGUAUGCAGGCCUGUGUCAAUUGGUUCAGCGAGAUUGCGGCCCAGCACGAAAGGAACGCAAGUGGGCCUGUUGCGAGAAUAUUGCUCUUUAAUGCUACAGGAGAGCGAGACUGCGCUGCCAUGCUUAAACAGCUCGUGCCUUGCAAUUUCGAUUUUGCUGUGUUUUGCCCGAACAUCACUGAGACCAUCGCUUCCUGUAAUGCAGACCAACAGAACUUCAACGUGUCAGUGGAGCACAUGCUGACGCGCUGCUUGGAUAACGAGAGAAGCUGGCGUCUGCACGGCGACGGCGCCCCGCGCCUCAUCGAGGCCGGCUCGUCUUUGGUCCCCGAGGAGAAAGCGGACACGCUGGUGUUUCCCUGCAUCCUCGGCGCCCUCCAAUGGAUCGCGCAGGGCAGGGAUCCGGCGCUAGCCGACCCCUCCGAGAAAGCGAUGCAGUUGAAACCCGGCGCGGUCGCUAAAGCCGGGCCGCUCCGCGAUGCGGCCGAGAUCCACGUCCUUAUCACUGGCAGCCUCCACCUGGUGGGAGGGGCGCUCAAACAUCUUGCUCCUGAACCCCCCAAAUAAAUGGGCCAGAAAUUUGAAUUGUGACACGGGAAUAUUUAUACAUGUAUAUUUAAGGGGACCACAAUAAUAAUAAUAAAUGAAUGAGAGCGUGCGGGUAAUUGAAGCAAGGCGGUUUCCUCUCACCAAACCUUAAAGCGCAACAGUGCCAAGCGAAUGUCUUAAAUUCCACUUGAAGUCAAACGUGUUUACAAAAUGGCUCCAUUCAGCGCAAUGCAAUUGUGACACUGUUUGCGCUUCACAGGUUCCCAACUGUAGUUAUUUAUAUUUUCAAUCAAAUAAAAUACUUUGGAAUACUUUUUAA